GAUCUCAUUGGCUGGAGUGCUGCCACAGGAUCCAAUCAGAACAUGGGGGGUGGAGUUAAACUGAGACUACAGAAAAGGAAACCAGUUCCCGAACCAGACACGCAACCUUUUUCCUCCAGUUCUCCUGUCGCGCUACAGGUUUUGGCUUUACCAAGAUGAAAAAGGUGGUUUUGGUGACUGGAGCGAACAGCGGCAUCGGCCUUGCGCUGUGCGAGCGUCUCCUCUCACACGAUACGGAGGGCCUGCACCUCUGCUUGGCCUGCAGGAACGCGCAGCGAGCUCAGGCGGCGCGGGCUGCCCUGCUCGCCUCUCACCCUGCAGCCCAGGUGGACCUGCUGCAGAUGGACACCAGCAGCGUCUCCUCUGUUCUCAGAGCCGCACAGGAAGUCAAAAUCAGGUACGAACGGCUGGACUUCCUCUACCUAAAUGCAGGCAUCAUGCCAAACCCAGAAUUUGAUGCAAAGGCCUUUUUUAGAGGCCUCUUCUCCAGUAAGGCGAUCACUAUGUUUGCCACCGGUGAGGGGAUUCUGACUCAGAAAGACGGUGUCACUCCUGACGGCUUGCAGCAAGUUUUUGCCACCAACCUCUUUGGUCACUUCCUUCUUAUUAGGGAACUGGAGCCGGUUCUGUGCCAAGAAGGACGAACCUCGCAGCUGGUUUGGACCUCCUCCAGUAACGCUAACCGUUCCGCCUUCAGUCUCGAAGACAUUCAGCACCGGAGAGGAACUCAGCCUUACAGCUCCUCCAAAUACGCCACAGACCUGCUCAGCCUGUCUCUCAAUCAGCACUACAACAAGCAGGGUUUGUACUCGUCUGUCGUCUGUCCUGGAUUUGUGAUGACAAACCUGACCUUUGGCAUUCUCCCGUCGUUUCCGGCCUUUCUGUGGACACUGCUCAUGCCUGUCUUUUGGCUGAUCAGGGUGUUCACCAACACUUUUACCCUGACACCUUACAAUGGAUCUGAAGCUUUACUUUGGCUAUUUAGGCAAAAGCCUGAAUUUCUGGACCCUUAUGCUAAAUACCACAGCUUAACAUCAGGGCUUGGAAACAACUACACCCAGCCACACAAGAUGGACAUUACUUUCGAGACAUCAGAAUCAUUAUACAGCAAAUUACUUCAACUUGAAAGUGACACGAGGAAGAAAGUGGCAGAAACACAACCUGCAGGCCUCUCGCCGAAGACCUGAAGGACCUUAAUGAUAGCAUUUUCUUUCCUUUAGUGUGGAAUGUUUAUUUUUUUCCCAACCAGUAGCUUGCAGGGAAAUUCACACCCACUGAACUUAUCUGCCUUUUCUAUGUAACCUCAAACUUUAAUGUAUAUUUUAUUAGGAUUUUAUACAAAAGCGUUAGACAAUUGUGAAGUGGAUGGGAAAGGAUCUAUGGUUAUUGAAACAAUUCAGAAAUGUGGCUAACAUUUCUGUUUAGCCAUUCUAGGUUGAUAACUUUGCUGCAACUUGCUCCUGCCUACAGGUAUUUUUGGGUACGUCUGUGCUUCCAUUUUUACUCACUCUGUUUUGUAAAAUAGCUCAACCUCAGGCAUAUAUUCAAGAAAACUCAUCCAAUUGGUCACAAAUUGAAUGAAAAUUAUUCAUCCCAAAACAUUUUAGUGUAGUUUUUGUUGUAUGUCAAGCAGGGAGGUGGGGAGUUGUACACCUGGCAGGUGAACUUCCAGCUCUCUCUUGCGUCUAAAAGGUUUUCCUUGUAUCCAAACUCUCCAGUCAACUUUGGACUCUAAAUACUUAGGACAUGACUUCGAGAGGCAAUUGCUCGUAGUGGAUUUUAUUUAGGGGCAGAAGAGUAAACUGAGGUGAAUGCUAAUACCUGCCAUCCUUUUAAUACCAUGAAUCAUCCCCACUUUACAAUGUUAGUCUAAAUCCCAACAUUAAAGUUUUGUGGUUCGAAAUUGA